UUACUGUGGUUGAUGGGUGUAUUCUGUUUGCUGAACGACUCGUCAUUCCAUCGCAGUAUCGAAAACGAUGCUUGGACCAGCUUCAUCGUGGACAUCCGGGCAUGCAGCGGAUGAAAGCAAUCGCCAGAAGCUACGUCUACUGGCCCUCCAUAGAUGAUGAUAUAAUUGGUUAUGUAAAGGCGUGUCAGCAUUGCGCAUCCGUUUCCAGGUCCCCUCCUUGCGCUGCUCCUGUACCGUGGCCGAAAACAUCCGGCCCAUGGCAGCGUGUUCACGUAGAUUUUGCCGGUCCCAUCGAAGGCGAAUAUUACCUCAUUGCAGUGGAUUCGUACUCCAAGUGGCCAGAGAUUGUGCAAACCAGAAGAAUCACCUCUACAGCUACAAUCAGCAUCCUGUGUGGCCUUUUUGCUCGACUUGGUAUGCCAGUGACUCUAGUGUCCGACAACGGUACCCAAUUUACGAGCGUGGAAUUUGCUGAGUUUUGCGCAAUCAACGGUAUCGAGCACAUCACGACACCCCCCUUUCAUCCACAAUCCAACGGCCAAGCUGAGCGUUUUGUAGACACUUUCAAAAGGGCCGUCAAGAAAAUCCGAGAGGGUAGAGGAUCAAUUACUGAUGCGUUGGAUACCUUCUUGCUCGCUUAUAGAAGCACACCUAACCGUUCGGCUCCUGAAGGCAAAUCUCCAUCUGAACUUUUGUUUGGUCGCAAGAUCCGAACCUGUCUCGAACUACUUCGGCCGCCCCCUGCGACUGAACCGAAGCCAAUCGAGAAGCAGCACAGCCAGUUGAGAUUUUUCAGUCGGAAUGAUCCAGUAUUUGCCAAAGUAUAUGCAAGAAACAGUUGGAAAUGGUCUCCAGGUGUGAUCGUCGAAAGAAUUGGUGACGUGAUGUACAACAUCUGGGUGGAGGACCGCCGAAUGCUACGUUCGCAUAUUAAUCAACUCCGUAGUCGAACUGUAACCGGAUCAACCACCAACACAGUAGGACAGCAAACCAGAUAUGCUCAGUUACCUUUGGAUAUUCUGUUGGACGUGUGGAAGCUGCCGAACUUACCAACUGAUACAACAUCACAGUCAUCAUCGACGCUGCAGCCAACCACCUCACAAUGUGCAUCGUCGACACCUCGUUGUGAUCAGCCGCCUGAAUCGGUGGUUAGUCCAUCACUUUCUCCACUGUCUUCGUCAUCACAUGCAACAUCUUCCGAAUUUGAGUCAGCAGUUGAAGCAGAUCCGGUGGCAGCACUACCACGCCGAUCUUCGAGAGUUCGAAGAGCGCCGCAGUGGUUUGACCCGUUCCACCUUUAUUAAGAGGGGAGAUGUUGGAGACAACUAAACUGGAGGGAUGGCAACUCUGCCCUGCCAUCCGCCACUCUCUGCGCUAGGCUCUCUAGUGACAGUCUUGCUGUCACUCCGAGAUGCCGCCAUAAGCGGAAACCACUUAUCAACGAGUCAGUCAUCAGUCAGUCCGUUGAGCACAUGCUCUUUAUUUUAACCUUUCGUUAUUAAAAGUAUUUUAUGUAGUCUGUACGCGAGUGUCUUUUAUUUGAUCAACAAGACUCCUGACCUGCCCGCGCACAGG